AUGGCACGAGAAACAAGCAUCGAUUGUUGUUAUUCGACAUUCUCCAGGUCUCUCCUGAUUCUUUUUCUGUUUCUCUUUUUCACGGAGAUCUGUGCCGCGACGUACCAUAAUUCCUCGAACACGUUUUUGGAAAGAUGCCGGCUUGACUGCAGUCUCCAGCGGGAUUUUGCAAGCUGUGGGAAGUAUAAAGUAGCCAGAUGGCUGAACGAAUUUGUCAAAGAAAAGGAGUUCACCUAUGGACCAUUUCGAAUUAUAAGGAUAUCAUCGAUGCGGCAGGAAUCUCUGCUACCGAAAUUACCUCGUUCUCGAGCUUUCAAGAGAAGCAUAUUUGAUACUCUAGAUUUUCUCAGAGAGAAUAUCAACGAUCUGUUAACGAAACGUGCGAUCGUUUAUACAAUUGAGAAUCCUACAAAUGGUAGAAGUUUUAAUAGUGGACCGAUGAUAAUGGACGAGGAUGAAUUGCAAGAGAUACAAGGGAGGAAAAAGGCUGAGGGCGACUGGCGUAUCUUUAAGAAGAAGAAGUCGUUGAUCUUGCCACUUCUUAUAUUAUUGAAUCUCUUCAAAUUAAAGUUGCUGCUGUUACCAAUCUUUCUAGGUGUUCACUUCAUCAAAAAACUCCUCGUUUUAGGUUCUUUGAUUGCACCAUCUAUUUUGGCGCAUCUUAAGGUUUGCAAAGUUCAACCACAUCCAGCGUAUUCUUAUCAUACGUGGGCCACCGCUGCUGAAGCACCGAUUGAUUAUCCAACAGGAUACGGUCAUGAAGAUACUGGUUGGGCGCAUAGGAAUGAUAUUCAAAGUCAUCUAGCUUAUCCGGCCUAUCAUGGAUAUCGCAAUCCUUAUGGAUGAAGUUCGGCAACAAAAUAUCUACAUUUUUAAUAAAAUGUGAAGAUCUUAUGUCAAAAAACAAUCUCAACGAUAAGAUAUG